UCUAAAGUGAACCUUUGCACCAUGAACUACUCAACGUUGAAUCACAUUCUGAUGGUAUUACCAGUCAUCCUGUUACUUUUAAUACACAUAUGUGAAUCCAAGCCUUGGUGGCCCUCAAACGAAGCUGGCUACGAUGCCAGUCUGGAUCCCGUGGCCUGGUCGAGAUCUUUCGUGCCGGAUCAAAUAAGAAAAACACGCUAUAAUGCCAUACCAGAACCUAGAAGCAAACAUCGCCAUAGACAAUCUUCUAAUCUUUGGUACCAGAAACCCGUAAAUACAUAUCCCAAAGUGUUUGGAAAUGCCAAAAAUUACAAGAGAUUCCUGAGACGACGUCAGAAAAUGGAGGCACGUCAGAGAUACGCAUACUGGAGGCAAUAGACUCUCAUCUUAUAUAUACCCCCAUACAUAGGUGCUAAGCAAAUCUUUAUAUAUCUAAUAAUUAGCAUAAUAAACAAAAGACUUAAGACACAAAA